GGCAUUGUUGAACUGCUUUUAGAUAAGCCAACCACAUGUGUGCCAGAGCUUUGGCUAGUUGUUGAUGACUGGAAGAGGCCAUAUAUCUACAAGCAAGUGGAAAAUUUUAAAGACAAGAUUCACAAGGAAGAUGAACCACAUCUACUUGCCAGAAAGUACAUGUAUUAUUCAAAGGAUCUGAAGAAACCAGUGUUGACAACUGUAGGUGCUGUUAUGGAAGAUGCUGUGAAACAACUCAAGACAUACAUAUAUAGUGGCAAAGGGCAAGCCAGAGACAUUCUAUGA